GGAGUUACUGAGCAGAGUAACUCGAACGAAUCUGAAAUAAAUCUGUUAAGUUUUUCUAUUUGCCUAAUUUUUUUCAAAGCACUCACGAACCAGCCACGACAUUUGGCGCAGUCGUCGCGAUUGAGAAUCGAGUGCUAUUUUUGACGAACUUGAAAUCGAACUUUAUUCGAUAAAGGUGUGUGCUUUCGGUAUCGAUAUGGCCUUCCUAGGCAGUGCGAAAAAGGAAGAUUUGAAGUUGUUGGCGGAAGAGCUGGGUGAAACUGUUUCAUUAGAGAUGAAAAUUGUGGACUUAAAAAAAUUAAUUACUGGAAGUGAAAAUUACGAGGAAGAGUUUGUGAAGAAACAAAUGAUAGUUAUCAUAGAGGAUAGAAAAGCGAGAGAAGAUCAAAAACGAAAGCAAGAAGAACGAGAAUUUGAAGAAAGAAAAAUUAAAGAAGAACAAAAACGAAAGCAAGAAGAACGAGAAUUUGAAGAAAGAAAAAUUAAAGAAGAACAAAAACGAAAGCAAGAAGAACGAGAAUUUGAAGAAAGAAAAAUUAAAGAAGAGUGGGAAUUGCAGGAGAAAAAGGCACAAGAAGAACGAGAAUUCGAACUUGAGAAACUGAAGUUGCAAUAUUCCAGUGUACCCGUGGAUGUCGAAUUACCAACUCCCAAGAUAGAACUCAGGCACGUGAUGCAAAAAUUCGAUGAAAAGAACAGUGAUAUCAGUUUAUAUUUGCUGUUGUUCGAGAGGCAAGCCGAGUGGGCUCAAAUAAAACGAGAAGAUUACGUGUCGCAUCUAUUAGGAUUAUUGCCAACGGAUAUAACCCAACUCAUCGCUCGAGAGCCAAUCGAGAAAGUUAAGGACUAUGACCACAUCAAGAGUUUAUUAGUGAAACGAUUUAAACUCAGCCCGGAAAAAUUUAGGCAAAAGUUUUUGACUCAUUUUAAAAGACCGGAGACUACCUGGUGCGAUUUUACUUACGAACUUAAAAAUUAUUUUGAGCAAUGGAUUCAAGGAUUGGAAAUAACUACUUUUGAAAGUUUGUCGGGUUUAAUCAUAACAGAACAGAUAAAGCGAAAAGUACCUACGGAUAUUAAAGAACAUUUUAUUGAUGUUUGGUCACAAUUCACGAAUCCAAACGAAACUGCAAGCAAAUUAGAUGAUUAUGAAAAUGUGCGAUCAAACAGUGUGAGGAAAAAGAAAGAACUAUAUCAAGAGAAUAACUGUUCUAAACAUCAAACCUACGACGAAAGAGAAGAGAGAUAUUUUUCGGAACGGAAAUAUGUACCCCCGCAUCAACGAGAAUUCAGAAACAAAAACUUUCAUAAAAACGAAACUACAAAUUCAAGAAAAGUAACAAGGGACUGUUACGUUUGUGGAUUGUCGCAUUUUGCUAGAGACUGCCCAAAUAGACAUAAAAAAUCGCAGUUGAGAGAAUCUGCGGCAGAAAAGAAACGGGAAGACAUUUUAACCGCGGAAAUUCAGUCGGAAUUAAUUAAUGGUGAAAAAAGCUUAAAUAUCAACCCUUUACAAUACGUUGAUAUUUGUGUGGACAAUAGAGAACUGAAAACCCUAGUUGACUCAGGUGCUAUGAUACCAGUUUUAAAUUCUAAAUAUGUGUCGAGUGAACAAAAAGAAAAAGGAAAAAUCAUUUUAAAAAGUGCAUUUGGAGAAAGGAUUAACGCUACUCUUUCGAGUUUUCAAAUAUCAUUAAAAGAUAAAAACAACGAAGGAUUUUCCAGACCUAUUGAGAUAGUUGCAGCUGUCACGGAUAGAAUUCAAGAGCAAUUCAUCAUCCCCCCCUCUGUAUUAAACUUAUUGGGAGAAAGCAUAAACCACAGCCGCAGCCAAAACACGUCUGGAUUAGAGGCGCCAAUGGAAGAGAGCUUUGAUGAAUUUAUGAUUUGUUGUGGAAUUAGUCAGAGCGAAGAACAACCGAGCGGAAAUGAAAGCGAUUCUUUGGAUAAGAAAAACAAAAUUAAUGCGUUGAAAGAAGAACAAAGAAAAUGUGAUACUUUGCUGUCAGUAAGAAAAAAUUUAUCCCUUGGAAAAGGAAACUUUUUUAUGAAUGAUGAAUUAAUAUUCCACCGGGAUAAAAUAUUAGGCGAAAAAGUGAAUCAGUUGGUUUUGCCCAAAAAUAAGAGACAGCAAGUUCUUAAAUUAGCACAUGAAUCAAUUUUCGGAUGCCAUAUGGGAUUAAAAAAGACUAGUGAAAGAAUUAAAUACAGUUUUUAUUGGCCAAAUAUGACAGAUGAUAUUAAAAACUUUUGUAAAUCCUGUAAAGAAUGCCAGUUGAGGAGUCCGGAAAAAAUGAUCGAUAAAAUUCCUAUUACUCCUGUUCUCCGUCCGGAAUUGCCAUUUGAGAUAGUAAAUAUAGACCUAAUAGGACCCAUUGAACCCCCUUCUGCUCGUCGGCAUAAGUAUGUAUUAUGUCUAAUGGACCAGCAUUCUCGAUGGCCUGAGGCUAUCCCUCUUCGUUCGUUAACGGCUAAAGCUACGUGUGAUGCUUUAUUGGAGAUAUUCAUGCGGACUGGAAUACCCAAUGUUAUUGCAAGUGAUAAUGGAACGAACUUUAUUUCUAAGUUAACCCAGGAAUUCAUGAAAAGAUUAGGUUGUGCUCCCAGAUUUACGACGCCUAACCAUCCAGCUGGGAAUGGCCUUAUAGAAAGAUAUAAUAGGGUGUUCAAAAAUUCACUCCAUCACAUUAUCAGAACUGAUCCGAGUAAUUGGGAUAAAUACAUUCCAUAUAUGCUUUUUGCGUACAGGGAAGUUCCUAACUGUACGACGGGUGUUUCACCAUUCAAGUUGAUGUAUGGACGUGAAGCACGAGGACCUCUCAGUGUUCUAAAAUCGAGCUGGUGUGGUGAUAUUGCCAUUCCGUUAAACAUGGAGAAAUCAGUUGUGGAUUAUUUACAGGAGCAAAAAAUAAACUUAGAAAGAGCUGCAGAGGAAGCAUCUCUCAUCGCUUCUGGUAAACAACAGGCAUAUGCAGAAUAUUUUAACCGCCGAACCGCUUCUAAGGAAUUUAAGCCAGGUGACCAAGUUUAUUUAUUAAUACCUGAUUCAUCGAACAAAUUGUAUGCCCGUUGGACUGGUCCUGGAGAAGUUAUCGAGCAUUGCCCUCCACAUUCAUAUAAAAUAAAACUUAGCGAUGGAAAAAUUCGGCAUUGUCAUGCGAAUAAAAUUCGGAAAUACUAUCCAAGAAUUAAUGCUGUAGGUAUGAUCUUUGAAGAUGAUGCAGACUUUGGAGAAGUUUAUUCAUCCCCCAGUUAUAAAAAUGUAUGUUACUGGAAAGAGAUAUUUGAUCAAGUGGAUUUGCGACAUCUUUCUGAGGAAGUGAAAUGUCAAAUCCUGAACUUAUUGUGGAAUCAUCAUUCAAUAUUUACCGGACAAGUUAGAGUUGCAAAGGUUGGUCAUCACAAGAUAAAAUUAGAGGACGAUAAAGAAAGGAAAAAACCUUACGUGUACAGGAUUCCUGAAGCGCUGAAACCUCAAAUAGACUCCCAAAUCGAAGAACUCCUAAAACUAGAUCUAAUCGAAGAGAGCUCUGCUGACAUUGCUUAUCCUAUAGUCUGUGUAAACAAGAAGGAUGGAUCUAUCAGGAUGUGCGUGGAUUAUCGAGCUUUGAAUGCAGUGACUAAAACCGACGAUUUCCCCAUGGAAGACGCAACGGAAUUAAUAUAUUCCAUAGGACAGGCAAAUGUGAUUAGUGUGUUAGAUCUUUUGAAGGGGUACUAUUCGCUUCCCAUGGAAGAAGAUUCGCGGGAUUAUACAUCUUUUAAGACCCAUAGAGCACAAUAUCGUUUUAAGGUAAUGCCUUUUGGGCUGAAAAAUGCAGCUGCUACUUUUCAAAGGGAAAUGAACAAAGCAUUGUCGCCAUACAGAGAAUUUUGCCGUGCUUAUAUUGAUGACAUUGCUAUAUUCUCCAAUGAUAUUUCCUCUCACUUGAAACAUCUUCAUUUGGUGCUGGAUAGAUUGGAAGAGCUGCAAUUCACUGUUAAUCUUUCAAAGUGUGCUUUCGCGAAAUCUGAAAUUUCAUACCUGGGACAUAUAAUUGGCUCAGGAAAGCAUCAAGCUGAUCCAGCUAAGUUAGAAACGAUCUCUCGUUUGCCCGUACCUGAAACCAAGAAACAACUACGUAGUGCUCUUGGCCUGUUCAACUAUUAUCGUGAUUAUAUUGCGAAUUUCGCCGAGAUUGCCUUUCCAUUAACGGAACUAACUAAGAAAAGAAGCCCUGAUGUGUUGCCGUGGUGUGAAAUGCAUAGUGUUGCUUUUGAAAAAUUAAAAUCAGCAUUGUUACACGCUCCUACUCUACACACCCCGAAUAUGAGCAAACCCUUUGUGAUUCAUUGUGAUGCCUCGUCAAUCGGGAUUGGCUCGUGUUUAUCACAGACUGUUGAUGGAAAAAUGUGCCCUAUCGCUUAUGCAAGUCAAAAAUUAAACAAAAGCCAACAAUCUUGGUCGACAAUCGAACGGGAAGCAUUUGCUAUAGUUUGGAGCUUGAAAAAGUUUGAAACCCUUGUGUUUGGAUCCGAGAUCCACAUUUUUACCGAUCAUAACCCCCUUCCUUAUCUGACCAAGUGCGCUCCUCAGUCAUCUCGACUACAAAGGUGGGUAUUUGCCUUGCAGAGAUUCAACAUAACAUUAAAACAUUGCCCUGGUUCUAAAAUGCCGCAUGCUGAUGCUUUGUCACGUUUAUUGCCAAAAUAGACUGAAAAACAUUUUUUUAGUAAUAAUAUCAUUUUUCUGUUUUAUAUAUCA